GGCUACGGUACAAUUGCACUACCAUACACAGAUGUGGUGACCUUUAAGGUUGCAACGGGCAGUGCCGUUGCCUCCUAAGUCGAGAUUUACGGGUACCUUCUUCCAGGCGUCACGCCACUGAUAAUCAAUCAUUUCUCUUUUAAUGGGGAGAUCAUACGGUAAGUCCAUGCAUGUACAGAGAUGAACAGGACUAGUCUUGGCACCGGGUGACCUGCCCUCGUGCAACAGCGAAAAGAAGACAUCUAACAGAAGCUGCAAGAUCCGACCCCAGGAUAUUGUCACCUGGUCACACAGGGUAUCUCCAUAUGUUUGAAAUUGCCACUGCACUGCUUACAGGAAAACUCCAUCUCGGAACUUCAGCCCGUUGGGCCGGUCUGUCCUAAUUUGGCUAUCCGGAUGCCUUCGAUCAAUAGCAGAUUUCAGCUUGAUCAUGGACAGAGAGGUUCUAAGAAAAAAACGAACGGGAUCUAGAACAGACUGCAAGACGUACAACGGCACUAGCCGAACUUUCAGGUUCCUUCCUUGCAUCGAGAGGCAGCAUUUCCUUAUUCAACAAGUCAUGUCACUUCCUAGUACCACCCCACCGGACACGGCGCUGCAUUGGCAAACAACAUUGACUAGGCCUAGCGUGGAGUUUGAUGUCGAGGAUGAAAGUUCAUGCGAGGAAGUGGAUCAGGAUGGGGCUCCAACCGAGGCGGACAUAAUGACCGUCACAGCAGAACUCACUCUGGUGGAUCUGUUCCGUCCGGAAUUGAUCAGCGUCUGCAAGGACAUUGUAUCCAAAGACGAACUUUCUGACGUGGUCAGACAGAAAUUGAGAUAUGCAGCCCUUUCUCAUAGAUGGCUCAGUGUAGGGGAACCAACAUUUCAGGAGAUGUCCGUCGAAAGGAAGCAUCAGUCUACAAGGCCUGGGUUGAUCAAGCUCCGCAACUUUUGUCAGAAAGCAAGGGAAUACGGCUGUCGCCUCGCUUGGUCCGACACUUGCUGUAUCGACAAGAAAAGCAGUGCGGAGCUAGAUGAGGCCAUCAGGGCCAUGUUCAAGUGGUACCGCAAUGCGGAGAUAUGUAUAGUUUUUCUUGCAGACUCUUCUUCCAUCUCGGACUUUUCGGAGGAAGUAUGGUUCCAACGCGGUUGGACGCUUCAGGAGCUUCUUGCCCCUCCACGAAUCAAGUUCUAUGGCAGACAUUGGGACGAGCUCAGUCGUUCGCGCAACGACAAGGAAGACCAUUCCAUGUUAGAAGCUCUUUCUCAUGUGACGGGGAUAUCUCGCCAGAAUUUGCUAUAUUUCAGUCCGGGGUUGGUCGAUGUUCGCGAGAAGAUGAUUUGGGCGUCCAAGCGGAGGACAACAAGGGUGGAAGACAUCGCUUAUUCCUUGAUCGGAAUUCUUAACAUCAGCCUGAAUGUAGCCUAUGGAGAAGGAGAGCGGGCAUUUCGCCGCCUGAUGGAGGCGAUCAUCCAGUCGUGUCGCGAAUGGCAGAUACUGGCGUGGGCUGGUCCCCAUUCCCCAUUCCAAGCCAGCAUUCCCCGUUCUCCUCUGGCGUACUGUGCUUUUGACGAAGCAUCUGCCACUAUGCUUUUACCCAAUCGCUAUAUAACGGAUCGUCCCUCCAAGCUUGGUGACCCUUUUUUUACGAUGACGAAGAGAGGCCUGGAGCUUGAAGUUAUUCUGGUAGAGAUGAUGCUGCAGCAACCGGCACCACGACGGCCAGGAGGAACGCAGAAGAAAACUCAAACUAUCCGCCUCAUCUCCGACUCUGCGGACUUUUUUGACGUCACAGCCCAGUGCGACAUUACCCUCCUACCAUUUUCGCAGUGGGCGGUCGCUAUCGUGAAUUACCGAGCUGAUGAAUCUGGAAAGCGUGGUGGUGUUGGAAAACUUAAACCCGCAAAUGACUACUUGUGCUUCAUACUUGGAUCUAGUAUUCAUAGUGCGCAUGGAGGGUGGCAAAAGGUUGAAACCCAAAAAAUUGUGACAAUUCGCACCAAGAGGGAGAUGUACCAACGAGUUACGACAGUGUGGCUUUAG